UAUCCGCAGUUCAGACUUGCCGCCUCGAGACGUGGAGUUUGUGCCAUGAAAUUACAAGACGGAUUCGUCAUCACUAACGGGGAAAGAUGAUUCAAAUUACCGACACGCAAAAGAUUGGAGUGUCUUUUGCGGCAUUUGGCGUUGCCUUCAUCUUCCUUGGGGUCCUCCUGCUCUUUGACAAAGGCUUGCUAGCCAUCGGUAACAUCCUGUUCCUGGCGGGGUUGUCGCUGGUGGUGGGGCUGGAGCGCACCUUCCACUUCUUCUUCCAGUGGCACAAGGUGAAAGGCUCGGCAGCUUUCUUCGGGGGCAUCGUCAUCGUGCUCGUCGGCUGGCCCCUCAUCGGCAUGUGCAUUGAGCUCUACGGCUUCAUCCUCUUGUUCAGUGGGUUCUUCCCCGUGGCCGUCAACUUCCUCAGGAGGAUGCCUGUUAUAGGAACCAUCCUGAACCUGCCAGGCAUAAGUAGGUUUGCGGACCGGAUCAGCGGAGACAGCAGGAGCAACGUAUGACAAUGAAGCGACCAGGCCUCGACUCGGGUCACCCUCUCCAGGGUGGAAUUAUGUGUACAAAAAUACUUUGUUUACAGAAAAAGUAAUAUGUACACCCAACUUGUGGUGUACAUUACAGAAAAAGUAAUAUGUACACCCAACUUGUGGUGUACA